UUCCCGGCUCUUUCCUAACGGUCGCUGCCUGACGCUUGCCCUGUUCGUGGCUUCGCGGCUGCUUCGCUUUAGUUUUGAUCCCUAUCGCAGCGGCAGCAGCCGGCUCUCCCGCAGAGCCGCUCCGGCCCGCUUGAGGCUUCCUCAGCUGCCGCCCGCGCCCUGAGAGGCCGAGUCCAGCGCGCUGCCUGAGAGCCGCCGCGGGGAGCGGCAGUGGGAGUGCGGCGGCAGUUGGGGCACCAUGCCUGCCGCCUUCUCUGGGAAGCGUCCGGGGCGGCUGCUGUGGCUGCUGCUGGUUUGCCUCAGCCUCUCGGGCACAAGCCCCGCAGAUCCAGCUAUGACAACACAAGAUGCCAGUCAGCCUCAGGCAAACUCUUUGACAAAGAUGCAAGCUGGACUUAAUGAAUCAUCUGAGCCCAUGACAACCACAUAUACUGUCAACUGGCAAAGUCAGGGGAGCCCUUCAGAUCACUUGACACUUGGACAUGAUGCAUCUACACAUGCUUUGUUAGGUCCAGAUGUUACCACACAAGUGCUCAAGCAGGCAGGACAACUGGACAUAUCUAAUAUCACUACUUUGAAGUAUGAGAUACGCCUACCUGGUCUUCAUGGUCUUCCUCUGGCAAAACGUAUCAGUUUGGACAGAGCAGCUGAAGUUCAACUUUCAUGCAGAUUGAAAAGCAAAUAUUCUCAUUUGAAAAUUCUUCAAGUGACUUGGAAGAAGGGAAGUGAAAUAAUUCCACAUAAUAAAACUGAAAAUGGCUGGAGCAUCCAAUUGAUCAUCUCGGAUGUCAGUAAGCUGGGAAGUUACAGUUGUAUUCUGAAAGGUCAACAAGAAAUGAGAGCUACGUUUCAUUUACAAGCACCAAAAAUUGAAGCAAAAGAAAAACCUGUAAUCAGUUAUAAAGGAGAUAUGACCAUACUGAUUUGUAAAAUUUCUGAGUACACUCCUAUUGCUUGGACCUGGUAUAGGACCAACAGAAGUGAACAGAUUGCCAUUAAUGACUCAGUGCUAGCAGACAAGUAUGUAAUUGAUAGAGUAUUUGCCAAUGUAACCCGUCUGAAGAUACUGAAACUCACUGAGGAAGACAGUGGUCUAUAUUUUUGUGAAGCUGCUUUCAAACUAGGGAAAAGUAGAGGAAAACUGCAGCUUAAAGUCUUGACCUACGCGGUGCCUCUCAAACCCUUUGUAGCGGUUGUUGCUGAAGUUGCUACUUUAGUAACUAUUAUUUUCCUCUAUGAGAUUUAUUCAAAAAAGAAAGGAGGAGCAAAACACAAAAAAGAAUUUGACCAAAUUGAGCAGCUCAAAUCAGAAGAAAACAAUGGUUCAGAAGGCAGUAGUGCUAGGCAGAGAAGAACUGAAUCUCUUUCCUAAAAAGGGAGAUUUAAACCCUACAGAAGUGGAAAUAAUCACAAAGCUACAGAAGAUUUAUGCAGCUAUGCAUUUUAAACAUCUACUAUGCUUCUAAGUAAACUCCUCUACUCUUAUUUCUCAUAACAUGCUUUUAAAUUAGCUGUGAAACUACUUAUUUUACACAAAUGAUAAGGUAUUCUGAUAUACUGCAUUUAGACCUUUGCUGUCUGUAACAUUAUUUGCCAUUUUAUUACUAAAAAGCAGUUUUUUAUGUGAUCAGAAUUCCUGUUGUUUUAUGACUGAUCUGUUUGAUUUUUAUGUCCUAAAUUGAAACCAACCUUACAUUCACUGAAUGAACAGGUAAUACAGAAUGGGCCUAUUAUCGAGGUGUUACAAAACUGGACUUGUAAGAUCAAAAAAGUAUUUCCGCCAAAGAAAACUCAUUUUACUAGCAGAUGAAGGAAAUGUGUCACAGCCAUUUUUUACCAAAGAAAUACUCAAAGGGAAACCUUUAUCCUUAUUUAAAUGAAACACUGACAGUUUUGCAAUUUGAUUUGGACAGUAAAAUGUCUUUUUAACUUUUCUUAGCUUCAUUUAAAUGAGAAAGAAAUACAGGUACAUUCCGAAUACUUAAGAUAAUAAUUUUCUGAAUAUGUCCUGCCAUAUGUCUGUGCUGCCAUACUGUAAUUCUAAAUAGGCUAAAUGGUAUGCUAAUACUGUACCGAUCAGAUACUUCAACGAUAUUUUGGAGUACAUGAAAGAAGCAAAGGGGAUACAGCACUAUAUCAGAAUAUAACUGAAAGAGUUCCUUGUGCUUGCACAAAUUAGUGCAGGAUCUGAGGGCUGCAAAAUGAGUGUUGCGGUUUUCAGUUACACAGAAGACAGUAGUUUCAGAAAUAUACUUAUAUAGUUCUUGUCACAUGUCCUGUCAAGUUGGUACUUUAACUUCUUGCAGCAUACUGUACUUUUCCUGAAACUCCUUAAUAUCCAGUCUGAUCUAUGCUUUUUUGGUUUUCAUAGUUUAUUUUGUAGCUUUAACAACCAGAAGUUAAAGCCCAAAUAAAAACCAGUGGGAAGUAUGUAACCACUAAGUGAUUGACUGUCAGGGCUGAACACUGAUGAUUUCCCUGUGUUUAUUGUAUUUUGCCUUAGAGUUUCUAUGCACUACAAAAAUGAGAAUGCAUUUACAGGUUUUUGUAUGAAUUUAUCAUUGUUAUAACAGCAUUUUUGUUAUAGUAAGUAAAUGUUUUCAGUUUAAAAAGAUUUACUUCUCUAUAUUAAUUGUUUGAGACUUUUUUUUGGUAGUAAAUAGUUUGUGGGUUUGGUUUUGUUAGGAAAUUCAGUAGUAAAAAUAGUAAGCUUACUUAUAGAUCUAAGAGUUAUUAAUUCUGCUUUAUUCAGAUUCUGUCUUUUGCAAC